ACAAUAAAAAAAACUUUCACUUUCUCACAGUUUCUCUCCCGAAAACAAUACCCAAAAACUCUCUCUAAGAUCUCUCAAAAACAAAAUCGCCGAUCAAACUCUCUUUCUUCCAUCUCCUUCUUUUUCUUCUUCACGCAGUCCCAUCACAAUUUUCUUUGUUGAUUUUCCUAAUUCCCCCAUCUCUCUUCGGUUCUCCCUCUCAACCUUCGAUCUUUCUGACUCUGACCCCUGCUUUCACACCCAACACACAACAGUGGCGUGAACACUCUUCUCAUCUACAUAUAAGAGUUGUGGAUACUGGAUCUGGAUCCCUCCAAAAAAUGAAAGGCGAGGCCCGAAAGCCGACCGGACUGGUGGUAUCCACCACAGAACUCAUCCGAUCAUUCCUCUCUACGGCCUCAGAAGAUCCGCACCUCUCUCCGGAGCUCCAACAGAUUGCUUCAGAUCUCUUGUCCCAACAUAAUGUGCCGUACAAGUCACUCCGAGCUCUCUGGUUCGCUUCUCGACCCACAACCCGACCCACUCUCAUCCAACUCUUCUCAGGCUCCGACUUCGUCUUCACCACCCCCAAACCUAGACACAAGAGUGAAGAAUUGAAGACAAGGCUAAAAAAGCUUGAGGAAUUAGCAGAAAAGAAAGCAUAUGCAGAGCUCGUUAAGGAUAUUACACCAAAGGAGGAUGACUCUGAGCCUUUCUCUUCUUACAAGGAUCAACUAGGCUUUGGUUUACAUGUUGUGGUGACAAUGUUUACUGGCUAUUUGGUUGGAUAUGCUGCAUUCAGAGCGUUAUUUAACCACAGUCCUGUCAUGAAUGUUGCUGGAGGGAUUCUUGGACUGGUUGGUGCGAUGCUUGUAGAAACACUUCUUUUCAUAAUUAGAACUUCCAAUCAAGAUUCUAGAUCUUCGUCUUCUGCUUCCAAACUAAAGAAGAAUCAAUAGGCUUGGGCUUAAGAGAUUGGGCGUCUGUUCUUUAGUAUGUUGUUCACUCUCAGCUACCUAUAAAGAUCUUUUGACAAUAUUGUUGAACCAGUUCACUCACACAAUGUCAGGGCAUGUAACCCUCUUACUACGUCAAGCUGUGCAUGGAAAGCAGCACAUAUGUGCUUGCAGGGAUUUUUUAUCUCCCGAUUCUCCCCAAAGUUCUUUUCUUGUAUUUAGUUAUGUCUCGUGUUGUUUUCUUUUGCAUCCUUGAACAUGUAUUUGAAUGUAUAGGCUCUCUUUUUUCUUUUUCGGUGUAUGCCCCUAUGCCUCUGUUAUAUGAUCUCUUUUAUAAUGACUUAACAAAACAAGAAAAAGCAAAAGGGUAUGUCAAGGCUUC